AUGGUCCUGAUCGACAGGUUCAACCGACUACAGUCUGGUCGACCUAAGCCAGCGAUGCAGAGUCUGCUAGGGCAUGGUGGCGCUAAUGCGCUUGAAAGAGUGCUCGGUCUCAAGCCAAACUCAGUCAUCUUCGAAGUUCUAAGUCCGAAUUUCAUCAACAUCAACGUCAAUUUCAAAACUCCGAGCAACCUGACAUUACGUCGGUUGCUAGCUAGAACCAGACUUUCUGUCGGUUCACUGCUGGCUUGGACGCGCUCAGUACAUCAUUGGCCACCAUACGGCCAUCUUCCUUCGACUUACGCGUCCCUGAUCCCCUGCCAUUCACCCACAACGCGACAACCUCAAUUGCCGCCAUAUUUACUUUCCAAACACGGGUUCGAGCUAGAACCUGACUUUCUGAUCUUUCUUCGAUUGACGCGUCCGACGUCCGAUCUUUCUUCGAUUUACGCAUCCACGAUCUCUGGCCACUCGAGUAACGUGUCCUCAUUUACGCAUCUCUUUUACCUCACAAAUUUUCCCAAUUUUAUAACUAUUUUUCUGUUUAUGGAAAGAGGAUGGGAAAAGGUUCCCGCGGUGAUGAAAGACGGCAGCCCAGAUUGUUAUGGCUGUGAGCAUCAUGAUGAUGGCGACACGAAGUGGCCGUUGAAUCUGCGGGACUGUGAGGACAUAACUCCCUACGACGCCCUUGUCCUGGGAGAGCUCUACGAUUCUUUCAAAUCCUCCACGGGAUCGACGUCCAUCCACUCGCUUCCAGAAGGUCAAAUGGUGCCUAGACGAGGCGUCGUUACUUCGCCUAAUGUUUCCUGGUUGCCCUACGUCACAGUUACCCCAUUGCCUGUCCGAGCUCGUGCCAAUGGUCGAUUCGCACAUGCGGACUUCACGAUUUGCCCCCAAUGGUGGUUCAGCCGAACUGCCCAUCUCACGUUCGUGCUGCGGCGGCCGCUCGAAAAGGACAUCAACAACCACCCCCUUCACUGGCUCUGGUGGGAUGUCCAACCGAAGCAUUUCAAGCCUGUGGAAGGCUCGGCAUUUCAAGACUUAGGAACUUUGGAUGAGAAGAUCGCGGACGUCAUGAGAUCAGAAGCCAAAAAGCUGCAUUCCCAAGUAGCCGAAAUCGCCCACACAAAAGAUCCCAAAAUCUGUGGCGGUCUCUUCUUCUUGGCCAACUGGAUGCGUGACGCAUCAGGCCGCCUCGCACUCGCAUCGUUUUACUACUGGGAUUUGGUGUGGCACGUGGCUAGCUUCCAACGCCUGUAUAUGGAAACCCUCGCAAUGGUCGAUUGGUUCAAGGUCUGGGAGGCUCGGCUCCUUGAACCCAACCGUAAGGUUCAUCCCGUUGACAAGACUGUGAUGGGAGCCAUUACCGACAGCCUUGAAACGGCCGAAACUCUCUUCCGCAUUGGGGCGCCUGUUUGGUUGGUUUGUACCCCAGCCGAAAUCCCCCCUCGAAUCAAUAUUUUGAAUGUGCGCCCGCCAACGCCAAAAAGCUUGGCCACCAUUCGCGAUCGCCGUCCUUCUGAGGUGGAUCCCCGCGAACUCUGUCUCGACGACUUUCCAAAUCACCCAUAUCCCGAUAUCACAACAGCAUCGCCCAGAAGCACUCUCUACAUACAGGCAUGUCAGUCACAUUUUGAAGGGUGUCUUGGACCGGAAGAUCCGAAGCCGGUGGUGAAGGAGGUGCAAAGUGGCUCCUUGUCCGUAGAGCCUGGCACAGGGCCCAGUCGAAGCGACCGCGAUGUCGUUCGACCCUCUCCUUUCACUACAAACGUCAAUCGCGAUAAGUUUAGUGAGAUUGAGGAGGUCUUCAUACCCCCUCAAUCCCCGGUGUGGAAGAAAGCGCUACUGCAGGUGAAUCCAGAUCCGUCCCGCAUCAAGGUCUCAAAAGAUCGUGUCCGUGGUUACCAGUUCCCCGACCCUUGGCUUUUCAUGAAGGGACCAAAUCACAAGACCUUCACACUUGCUUGGCUGAUCUCGCGGAGCCAGUGGCUUCAAUCGUUCACCUCUCUCGACAACUCUCCUUCGCCUGCCCCACAUAGUCAACACUGGUGUGAUUUCUUAUAUCGCUUCUCGAAGGAAAUGAAUCUGAUCGAUAAUACACGGGCCAAGGAACCAUCAACAUUGCAACCCGGACAGAAGGGGAAAUCUCGGGCAAAGGGAUGUAAAAAAUCAGAAAAGUCGAAGCAGAAGCAAACCGCCACCCGAGGGGAGUCGUCGAGGGAGGUUCAGGCGUCAUUUUUUGGUCCCAGAGUGCAAGUGGCGGAACGUCCGCAUUCCAUCUUCUGGCGUGAUGUUUCGGUGAUGGAGGGCAAUACUGACAAUCUGACACCGGAGAUCUCGGCUGAGAUUGUGUGGAAUCUUUUCGAGCAAAACUUUCGUUUGGAGAUUCGCAUGCUUGACCAGCAAGUUUUAUCAGCUGAUUGGGCCUCCCAGGAUUUGGCAGCAGUUCGAGAUGAGUUGGUUCGGAGGGUCUUCCCUGAGGAUGAUGAGGGAUUUUUUGUUGGAAGAAUGCCGGGGAGCAAUGUCGGACUUGUCGCGGAGAACUGGAGGGAUCGGUUAAAGUCAGUGGAAGCUUUGCAGGUGCUUGUCGUGGGUUGGCCUGGAUGUGAUGCAGAAGCACUGGCAUCAAUGUCAAUGUUUGAUGAGUCUGGGAAGUUGACAACAACGCGAGCUUACUUCGAACGUAUGGAGGAAAUGGCCGUCGGACUCAAACUCAUCAUGUCAAUGUACAAAAGAAAGCCAGCUAAGUCUUUGCCUGCCAAGCUUUUCCCUGUAAACGAUGCACCCAAAACAAGGAAACCUCAUAAAGCUGCCAAGCUUCCAUCUGCUGCUCUAGGAAAUCUGUAUACACCAGCUGGACAUUUUGUUCAGCCCUUUAACCCAGAGGUUAUCUCAGCUUCCAACCCCUUUGAGCCACUGGCAAUAACUCUUACCUUUGAGAAUGAUGGUAAUACAGUCCAGAUGCCAGGGAAGAAGCAGAAACAAUUUCAGCGAUGGGAGAAUGAGGUUCUUCCUAGUCUCAUGGAGCCAUAUGUCAAACUUCUGCAUGAAACAGACUCUUUGCGAAAUAUGGCACAAGUUCGUUCUCGAACACAAUGCACUGGUUGUAUUGAGAUGCUUUCCCUUUGCAAUUGCACUUCCCCAGCACUUCAACUCCUUGAACUGGGGUUCUUUCCAUGCGCACCAAUUAAUCCAUCUCUUGCAGUUGACUUGAACAUGCUCGAGUUUGUAAAUGAGCUGUUUGUAAAUGCAGCUCCCAAUACUACUGCUUGGUGUGAAACAUUGGAAGCUUUUCUUGGGAACAGAAAAUACAAGUUGACAACUCGGAAUAGUUUACGUCGCCGUUUUGGAAGUGCUAUGCAGUGGUAUGCAACUUUGAUUGACAAGAAAAACCUUCUUGUCAACAAUUAUCUGGAUUCUAUGAGAACUUUAAGCAAAGUUUCAGAUGAAAACAUUGAAAUGGCUGAUGAUGAAAACAUUGAAAUGGCCAAUGAAGAUAAUAUUGAAAUUGAUGAGGAUAUGCACACUGCUGCACCAAACUUGGGAAGACCAAGUGAUUAUCUGAGAGGACGGUGUCCUUUGUGCUUUGGUGGAAAAGAUUGGUCAAAGCCUGAUGAUUUGGUUGAUUUCAUUGUAUGCUUGGAUGCUUGUUUCAAGCAAAAGUCACGCAAGGCUCAGGGUAAAGAGGCACCUGCCCCUCGGAAGCACCCAGAUACAGCAUUCGUCUCCUCAGAAGAUGUCAAGGUGAUGGAGGAUGUGGUCAAUGAAACCCGCCCAGAGCCCAAGUCCAAGUUGAAAGCCUCAGAAGGAUGA